CUUAUCGAACAGAGCUUGUGGCGUUGGUGAAUUGAAUUGAAAAGUAAAAGCCGAAAAUUGCUCAUUUUUAGAGAUAAAUUAGACAAAAGCUUUAGUUUCGCGCUCAGUGGAUUUUGAUAAAUUUUUCAAGCAAAAUGGGUGAUCGUGGUGAUGGAGCCGAGUCAUUCGAUGAUGCCGUCGAAGAACGAGUUAUCAACGAGGAAUACAAAAUCUGGAAGAAAAACACGCCGUUCCUCUACGACUUGGUAAUGACGCACGCCUUGGAAUGGCCUUCACUGACGGCACAAUGGUUGCCCGACGUAACGCGUCCCGAGGGCAAAGAUUACACCGUGCACCGGCUAAUUUUGGGCACGCACACGUCCGACGAGCAAAAUCACUUGUUAAUCGCCUCCGUGCAGCUGCCGAACGAGGAUGCGCAAUUCGAUGCGAGUCACUAUGACAUCGAAAAGGGCGAAUUUGGCGGUUUUGGUACCGUUUCCGGCAAAAUUGAGAUCGAAAUCAAGAUAAAUCACGAAGGUGAAGUGAAUCGCGCGCGUUAUAUGCCGCAAAAUCCUUGCGUUAUUGCGACAAAAACGCCCUCGAGCGACGUCCUGGUCUUCGAUUACACGAAACAUCCGAGCAAACCAGAGCCCAGCGGCGAAUGUCAUCCCGAUUUACGUUUGCGAGGACAUCAAAAGGAAGGUUAUGGUCUCUCAUGGAACCCAAACUUGAAUGGGUACUUGCUUUCGGCUUCGGAUGAUCACACAAUUUGCUUGUGGGACAUCAAUGCAACGCCCAAGGAUCAUCGCGUCAUUGAUGCCAAGAACAUUUUCACGGGGCACACUGCUGUUGUCGAGGACGUUGCGUGGCAUUUGUUGCACGAAAGUCUCUUCGGAUCCGUUGCUGACGAUCAAAAACUCAUGAUUUGGGAUACGCGAUGCAACAACACGAGCAAACCGUCGCACACAGUCGAUGCUCAUACUGCCGAAGUGAAUUGUCUCAGUUUCAAUCCGUAUUCGGAGUUUAUUCUCGCCACGGGAUCCGCCGACAAAACUGUCGCUUUGUGGGACUUGAGAAACCUCAAACUCAAGUUACAUUCCUUCGAGUCGCACAAAGACGAGAUCUUCCAAGUACAAUGGUCGCCGCAUAAUGAGACAAUUUUGGCAAGCAGUGGCACGGAUCGUCGAUUGCACGUGUGGGACUUGUCUAAAAUUGGCGAGGAACAAAGUGCGGAAGAUGCCGAAGAUGGACCGCCGGAGCUUUUGUUCAUUCACGGAGGACAUACAGCGAAAAUUUCCGAUUUCUCGUGGAAUCCUAAUGAGGCGUGGGUCAUUUGUUCAGUGUCGGAAGACAACAUUAUGCAAGUCUGGCAAAUGGCAGAAAACAUCUACAAUGAUGAUGAACCAGAUAUCGCAGCAGGAGAAGUUGAACCCGCAACCACCUAAGUUAUGCCCGUUCUCAAACUACUUUCAUGUUUUAAGAUUAAAUUUCACUUACUUACACUUAUAUUUAUAAUAAAAAAUCAACAAAAACAAUAAAAAUACACAAAAAAUUGUAAAUCUAAGCAAAAUUGUGUCGCAUUGUUGAUCGCAUUCUUGCAAUUUUUCAGUGUUGACACAUUUUCGGUUUUAAAAUGUUUAAAUUCUGUUUCGAAAAAAAAAAUAAACUACAUUUUUUAUUA